AUGAAAGUGGAAAGGGAUCUAAUGGGGNGACACGGAGGAGAGCUGGUGGCGGCUGUGUUGCGAUCGCAUGGCGUCGAGAAUAUCUUCACUCUGUCGGGCGGACACAUCGCUCCCAUUCUCACCGCAUCCGAGAAGCUCGGGAUCCGAGUGGUGGACACCAGGCAUGAGGUGACAGCUGUGUUUGCGGCCGACGCCACCGCCCGACUGUCGGGCAUCCCUGGCGUGGCUGUCGUGACGGCGGGUCCCGGAGUGACCAACACUGUGACGGCCGUCAAGAACGCACAGAUGGCUGAGUCGCCAAUCGUGGUGUUAGGCGGCGCCGCGGCCUCUCUUCUCAAAGGCAAAGGCGCUCUUCAAGACAUCGAUCAGAUUUCGCUCUUCAAACCGAUCACAAAGAUGGCGACGACUGUCACCAAAGUCAGAGAUAUUGUGCCGAAACUGCGCGAAGCCUUCAAAGUGGCCCAAAGCGGAACUCCCGGCCCCGUGUUUGUGGAGCUACCCAUCGAUGUGUUGUAUCCGUUUCAGGUGAUUAAGAAGGAGAUCGCCUCGAGUUCUAACGCCAAGGGACUUAUCGGCAAAGUUGUCAAUUGGUAUCUCAAUAACUAUCUGCAAAACCUGUUCGCCGGUGCCUUCGAUCAGGAGUGGCCCACACAUCCCGUGCCGGUAGACAUUCCCUUCCCAUCGAAAACCGAUGUGUCGACCGCCGCAGAAAUGCUCUCUAAAGCCAAGAAACCUCUCAUUAUAUUGGGCUCGCAGUCAGUGCUCCCACCGGUCGGCGCCGACAAACUCAGGGCUGCCAUUGAGUCGUUGGGUAUUCCGGUCUAUUUGGGAGGUAUGUCUCGCGGUCUGUUGGGAAAGGCGUCGCCCAUCAACAUGAAACAGGCUCGACGUGAGGCCCUCCGGGACGCCGAUGUAGUGAUUCUGGGCGGAGGUGUGGCCGACUUUAGGCUGGGCUACGGCCGCACGUUCUCGAAGAAGUCGAAAGUGAUUGCCGUUAACCGAAGUAAAGAGCAAUUGUAUAAAAACGCGAAACUCUUCUGGAAUCCCGCGCUCGCAGUGCAGGCAGACUCGGCCCAGUUCUUCUCGUCGCCAUCUUUGUGA